GAGGAGCAGCAGUUGCCGCCAAACACUCGCCCAGGAAGCAACAAAGUGCCACUGCAGUACCAGCGCCCAGUACUCCCAGUCCACUAAAAAGUUAACCAACAGCUUCCAACCAAAUGGCUGCCCUCAGCUUCAGCCCCUCACCGCCGCCGCAGACAACGGCCAAGUCGACGAGUGGCAGCUCAUCGGCUGCCUCCAAGGAGAACAGCAUACAGCCACUGGGCGCCAGCAAGCCAUUCGGCAAGAUCACCGUACACAAUGUGCUCAGCGAGAGCGGGGCCAAUGCCCUGCAGCAGCACAUCGCCAACCAGAACACGAUCAUCCGCAAGAUCCGGGACUUUGGCAUGCUCGGGGCAGUGCAGAGUGCCGCCGCCUCAGCCACAACAAAUUCGGGCACUUUGGGCCCACGCAAGCGGCCGCUAGGCGAGUCCAAGCAGAACUCCCAGAACUCCCAGAACAGUCUGAUCGGGCCGAGCAAACCGCCGGCCGGGGGCAGUGCCAAACGCAGCAAGCUGAGCAAGAAGAGCCAGGAGAAGGUGGCCAAGACGGCGAGCAGCAAUCCAGCGGCGGCGGCGGCGGCAGCGGCAGCGGGCACGCCCGGACGCAAGGGUCUGCCCAUGCCGCAGGCGGUGGCGCGUCGCAAUGCGCGUGAACGGAAUCGCGUCAAGCAGGUGAACAAUGGAUUCGCGCUGCUCAGGGAGCGCAUACCCGAGGAGGUGUCCGAGGCCUUUGAGGCGCAGGGCGCCGGCCGGGGUGCCAGCAAGAAGCUGUCCAAGGUGGAGACGCUGCGCAUGGCCGUCGAGUAUAUCCGGAGUCUGGAGAAGCUGCUGGGCUUCGAUUUUCCGCCGCUGGGCUUCCAUGCGAACAGCUCGAGCAGCGGCGACGACAGCUUCAUGUUCAUCAAGGACGAGUUCGAUGGCCUGGACGAGCACUUUGAUGAUUCGCUCAGCAACUACGAGAUGGAGGAGCCGCCAGCCGUUGCAGGAGCCACCAGCCAGACGUUGCAGGAGCAGUCGCAGGAGCAGGAGCAGCCAGAGCAGCCAACUCAGAGCAACAGCAAUGACCUGCUGCCCUGUGUGACGACCCUCAAUGGGCUGCAGUACUUGAGGAUACCGGGAACGAACACCUACCAGCUGGUGACCCCCGAUAUGCUGGGCAGCAGCUCCAGCCUGGAUGGGGGGAUCACUGCCCGAAGCGGUUCGAACUUAUCGCGAUCGCCCGUGCCACCAUCAGCUGCAGAGGCAGGGGCAGCCACCACAAGCAGUCCUUGCACAUCCCCAAUACAGCGAGGCAGUUCAUCAAUGCCUCAACCAGCGAGCGGCAAUGCGCCCGAAACAGUUUCAGCUUCAGUUUCACCUGUCGCCGUUGCUAAUGAACUCCUGUUGCAGGCGUGUGCCGCCCAGCUGCAGCAGCAACUGAUCAAACAGGAAUACGCCAACAGCAGGGCCAACACCAACACCAACACGCAACACGAAUGGAGCUCACCGACAACAUCCCUGAACUACUCACAGGAGCAGGCCCAAAUGCUGUGCUCGCCCAUACUGCCCGCCUUCUACGACCAGGAGCCCGUCAGCUUCUACGACAAUGUGGUGGUGGGGCUGCCCAGCUUCAAGAAGGAAUUCAACGAUAUGCUGCACCAGGAGGCAGCGGCUGGCACGGCAGUCGGAUCAGUGGGCGGUGGCUGUCUCUCCGACGAGAGCAUGAUCGAUGCCAUUGACUGGUGGGAGGCGCACACGCCCAAAUCGGAGACGGGACCGACAUCCCACUCCAACGACACAUCAGCAGUGCUCAUGUGAUCCGAAUCGAAUCGGAUCGGAAUAUAUAUAUCUGUAUAGCUAUA